AUGUCGGAACUCGAUUGUGAAGCAACAGAUGUGGUGAUUUGUGGCUGUGGUCCAACGGGGGCUAUGUUGUCGGCAUAUCUGGGCCAGAUGAAUAUCCGGAACAUUGUAUUGGAACGAGGGACAGAGAUCACAACCGAUCCUCGUGGAAUUGCUCUCGAUGAAGACGGUAUUCGGCUCUUACAAGGUCUUGGUCUGUAUGCGUCGAUAUAUACACAAAUUGGAACCUGUAUGAAUAUGUUCAAAUUCAUCGGAGGAACGACACCAAUUCUGGAUAAACCUGCUUUUAUCGAGAUGGACUAUGGAACAACUGAGGGUGGUACUGGCCAUGUCGGAUUUAUCUGUCACAAACAACCAGUACUGGAGAAGAAGCUACGAGAAAGAAUGUCAGCACUGGAAGAAUGCGAACUUCGCUCCGGCUGUGAAGUCACGGCCCUAUCCGAAGACGAAGAUGGAACCUUGUGUAUCUAUCGUGAUUCAGAAGGUAAAGAGCGAAGGAUAAAAUCGCUUUUUUUCGUAGGGGCCGAUGGAAAGACUGGAUUCACUCGAAAACGAUACCUAGAGUCCAAAGGAAUCGUCAUGGAGCAGGCUCACCGGGCAUUUUAUGAGGAAACCUGGGUGGCAUUGAACUGGCAGAUUGAACUUCCCAAUGAGAAGACACAUUCUGAUUUUCCACUGUGGAAAUUAGGUUAUACGCCAGAACAAGUCUACGAUCUAUUCUUUCCUGUCAAUUUCCGGUUUAUCUGUAACCCGGAUAGACCUUCUGUUUGUGGCCGCUUUGGCCUACCACUGGACCGACUAUGGAGAUUUGAAUUUGUCGUUAGGAAAGACGAAGAUGGCAAUGAGAUGUCGAAGCCUGAAAUGAUCCAAAAGGUUGUCUAUCCUUAUAUCACUCACGCAGGUAGUCGGUACGGUCUACUUCAAGAUGUCACGUUCCCUGAAGAUUGCAUCAAGGUUCUUCGCUCCCGGCCUUUCCGGUUUUCGGCUCGCAGCUGCAACAGAUGGUCUGAUGGCCGAGUCGUCCUAUGCGGCGAUGCGGCUCAUGUAUUUCCGCCAUUUGGUGGUCAGGGUAUUGCGUCUGGGUUUUGGGACGCUGUUUCUUUGGCAUGGCGUCUUGCCAUUCUCUGUCGCAAGAAGACAAGUAGCCCAAAUUCCGAAAAGGUUCUCAAAGCGUGGUACGAAGAACGCAAGCAGCAACUAGAGAAAUCUUUGGCAUCAACUAUCGAAAACGGAAAGUUUGUCACUGAAAGAAAUCCUCUCAAGAUUACGCUCCGAGGGAUUUACCUGUGGUUGAUUCAAUUGAUACCAUCCUGGCGCCAUGAGCUUCGACUUGGACGCCGAAAAGAAGGAAUGGUCCGAUACAAUUACUCUGAAGGAAUGCCAUUCCUUCAGAAAUUCAAAGGCGGACUCUGUCUUCCGCAAGUCUACUGCAAAUCAAUUGGAAGUGACAGAAAUGAAAUUUUCUUCACAGAUGAUGUGAUAUUUUCACAAGAGAAAAAGGGCCUAUUUCAGCUUUUGAUUAUUGUCAAAAGUGUCAAAGAGGCAUUCUCAGCUCUGGACGCUGUGUCCAAUAUUGGAGAAAUAUCGAAUGGAGAGAUGGAUCUCCAUGAGACAACAAUACUAGUUGAGGAUGCAGCAUGCGGUACUCGUGAAAAUGCACCACAUAUUUUCCGAGUAGUAACCGGGAAAGAAUUCGCAAGUUCGCCUUUAUGCGAGAAGCGACCAAGUCCCGAGUUCUACGACCCGUUCAUUAUUGGAAAACACUUGGAAGGUAUGAAGUUUGUUCUAUUGCGCCCGGACAGGUUCAUUUUUGCGGCUUGUGGCACCAAGGAUGACUUGCAAAGUGCUGUGCAAAGUGCUGUAUCGUAUAUAAAAGGAUAA